CAUCUUCGAUACUAGUUGAGACCAUGGGAUCGGCAUUGGCAAGAGCAGCUCAGUGGACUGCUGCUGGUUCUGGAACUGGCACACUCGAAAUCACCCCUUUGAACGAAUCUCUUUUAAAUCAGAUCAUUAAAUUUGUGGAGGACUUCAGCACUAGACAUCCUCAGGAAGCGGCAUUUGUCUUCAGAGUGCCCCUUGAGUGGAAAACGCAGUUGAGCUGCUCAGAAUUUGGGGAGGGUUAUGAGAUCAAUGGAUCAACUGUUCAGUCUGAAGCCAAAGGUGAAGAUGGCCAACCAUUGCUUCUUCUCAUGGCAUCAACUUUCAGUGUUCGCAGUUUUGACCAGCUGUCCCGUUUGCUACAAAUUGCUAUGGAUAAAAAGUUAAAGGAAGCACAGGCAUGCCUUGAAGCUAACAGAGAUCCUAUAGUGAAAAUUCUUGGCCCUGAAUAUGGGACUAUUGAAGGAGAAGAUAUGUCCAUGUUGCAUUUACUUGACAAAGUGAAAAAAGAUGAUGACCCUGAAACAGAGAUGAAAAUGAAAAUCAAUCUUCUUCUUCAUCAGCUGGAUUUGCAACUGCUUAAUAGUUCUUUGAAACACAUUUCACAAGACAUAAGACUAAAUCCAGCUGCUAUAAAUAACGAAGUGAAUCUUCUCAAGAAUUUCUCUGGGAAAGGAGAAGAUACAGUACUGGAAUCACUGGAAUAUACAUCAGAUUACACGUUCUCUAAUGGCUGCCGAGCUCCUCCCUGGAGACAAGUACAUGGAGAAAUUUGUUAUUUAGUCAUCAAACCACAUGACACUGAUCCUUUGUAUGUCACUUGCAGCACAGCAGGAGUGUUUUUAAAUGGAGGUCAGCUAAAGGGUAAAGAUGACAUUGACUACGAAAGAAAAAGUGAUGUAUGUAAGGAUAUUGUCACAUUUUUACGGGAGAGAUCACCUAGAUUUGUAGAAAAUAUGGCUAAACAGGAAUAUAAGUUUUUUAAAGAACCAACAUAUGAGAAGAAUUAUCAGCGUAUGGAAGUAGUUGAUGCUAAGGUCUCUGGCCAAUCCCAGAACCUUCAUGAUUUUACAGAAAAGAAUGUAUAUGAGAAAGUGAAAAGUUCUGCAUAUUUUAGUGACAAGGCUGCAAAAAAGGAUGCUGAAGAAGAAGAAGGGAGAAGUAGUACUGUGUCUCUGAAAAUCAAAAAGAAAGCCAGUGGCAUUUCUUCUGAAUCUGUUAAAAUACAACCAGCAUCAAAAUGUAAAACAUCAGGCAGGUUUGAAGAUGUUAGUGAAAGUUCCUCAGAGGGUGAGGAAGAUGAAGAACAGCCUGUAUGUCAUCAGGAGGGAAACACUGAUUUGCCAUCAGAAUACUGGGGAAUUCAGAAACUUGCAAAAUAUUUAAAGGGAGGUAAUCCAACAGCUACUGUAAUCGCAUUGUGUUCAAUGAGAGAUUUCAAUCUGUCUCAAGAAACAUGUCAACUGGCCAUCAGAGACAUUGGAUGUCUUGAAGUGUUAAUUAAUUUACUUGAUACAGAAGAAAUUAAAUGUCAGAUUGGUUCAUUAAAAAUCCUGAAAGAAAUUAGUCAAAAUACACUGAUCAGACAUGCAAUUGCAGAUCUUGGGGGCUUACAAAUCAUGGUUAAAAUAUUGGACUCUCCAGAUAAAGAUCUAAAACGUUUGGCAGCUGAAACAAUUGCUAAUGUUGCUCGAUUUAAACGAGCACGAAGGAUAGUAAGGCAGCAUGGAGGAAUCAAGAGAUUGGUUGAGUUGUUGAAAUGUAUUUCAGUGGGAUCAACCAGUCUAACACCGUAUCAAGCAAAAGAUACGGAAAUAGCACGCUGUGGGGCUUUGGCACUCUGGAGCUGCAGCAAAAGCAUAAAAAAUAAAGAAGCCAUCCGUAAAGCUGGAGGCAUUCCGUUGUUAGCUAGAUGGCUCAAAUGUUCGCAUGCAAACAUCUUAAUCCCAGUAGUGGGGACACUACAAGAAUGUGCCUCAGAGCCAAGUUACAGACUUGCAAUAAGAACAGAAGGAAUGGUUGAGAACCUUGUGAAAAAUCUGAGUAGUGAACAUGAGGAGCUUCAGAUGCAUUGUGCAAGUGCCAUAUUUAAGUGUGCAGAAGAUAAAGAAACACGCGACCUGGUUAGACAGCAUGGAGGUCUACAACCACUAUCUGUUCUGCUUGGUAACUCUGAAAACAAACAACUUUUAGCAGCUGUGACAGGAGCAAUCUGGAAAUGUGCAGUCAGUGGAGAAAAUGUGUCAAAAUUUAGGGAAUAUAAAGUCAUAGAAGCUUUGGUAGGACUGCUCACUGACCAGCCUGAAGAAGUUCUUGUAAAUAUCGUCGGAGCUUUGGGAGAAUGUUGCCAAGAGCCAAUAAAUCGAACUAUUAUUCGUAAAUGUGGUGGAAUACCACCUCUAGUGAAGUUACUUACUGGAACUGAUCAGGCAUUACUUGUGAAUGUCACCAAAGCAGUGGGAGCUUGUGCAACAGAACCUGAAAAUAUGAUGUAA